AUGCGGGAAAUUGUACAUCUCCAAAUCGGACAGUGUGGCAACCAGAUUGGCUCAAAGUUUUGGGAAGUGAUCAGUGAGGAACAUGGCAUCAAUGCCAAAGGAAUCUAUGAAGGAGAUUCCAGUGUGCAGCUGGAGAGGGUCAACGUCUACUUCAACGAAGCACACGGUGGAAAAUAUGUCCCCAGAGCGCUACUUGUCGACCUGGAACCAGGAACAAUGGACAGUGUCAGAGGGAGUCGGAUUGGGGCCCUUUUUCGACCGGACAAUUUUAUUCAUGGAAACUCUGGCGCGGGGAACAACUGGGCAAAGGGCCACUACACAGAGGGGGCUGAGCUGGUGGAGCAGGUGAUAGACCGGGUCAGGACGGAGAGUGAAAGCUGCGACUGCCUCCAGGGCUUCCAGCUCGUGCACUCCUUGGGCGGAGGCACGGGCUCGGGCAUGGGCACCCUCAUCCUCAAUAAAAUCAGGGAAGAGUACCCAGAUCGUAUCAUGAACAGCUUCAGUGUCAUGCCAUCACCAAAGAAGAAUAGCAACUACUUUGUGGAGUGGAUCCCUCAUAAUGUCAAGGUGGCUGUGUGCGACAUCCCGCCAUGUGGUCUCAAAAUGGCGUCCACGUUCAUUGGCAAUAACACGGCCAUCCAGGAAAUCUUCAGACGGGUGGGCGAGCAGUUUUCUCUCAUGUUUAGGCGGAAGGCAUUUUUGCAUUGGUACACUGGAGAAGGUAUGGAUGAGAUGGAGUUUACGGAAGCUGAGAGCAACAUGAACGACCUGGUGUCAGAGUACCAACAGUACCAAGACGCUCAAAUAGAAACGGAUGAAGAUGAUGAGGAAGAGGAAGUGGAGGUCCCCUUUUCUCGACCAGCAGCCAAAGUGCAGCCCCAAAUGGAUGUUAGAAUGUUAGAAACCGUCACAGAGCUUAGUGCGGGGGGCGGGUCCGUGGAGGUGGGUGGAGCCAUAAGUGCAGUCCUGGAGCGUGGAUCGUCGUCUUCCUCACUGAGAUUCCCACAUUCGGCCCCACUCCAAAACGCUCCCAUAAAUCCAGGAUACACCAUGAAGAUUUGGACAUCAGAACACAUCUUUAACCAUCCAUGGGAAACCGUGACCAAUGCUGCCAUGCAGAAGUACCCAAACCCCAUGAAUCCCAGUGUGAUAGGCGUCGAUGUUUUGGACCGAUCGAUCGACACCCAGGGCCGUCUCCACAGUAAAAGACUCCUCAGCACAGAGUGGGGCCUACCGUCUAUAGUGAAAUCUAUUAUUGGGAACUCACGGACUUACACUUAUGUUCAAGAGCAUUCAGUUGUGGACCCUCAAGAGAAGACACUCGAGCUUCAGUCAACUAAUAUUACUUUUACAAACUUAGUUUCUGUGGAUGAGAAGUUAACGUACAAGCCUCACCCAGAAGAUUCAGAAAAAACAAUACUGACACAGGAAGCUAUUAUCUCGGUGAAAGGAGUAAGUCUGAGCAGUUAUCUGGAGGGAGUUAUGGCGAGUACCAUCUCUGCUAACGCUGGAAAGGGCCGUGAAGCCAUGGAGUGGGUAAUAAGACGUUUGAAUACUGAAAUUGAAGAACUAGCAGCCACAGCCCGCGGAACCAUGCGGGCUCCUAUGGCAGCCGCAGCAGUCACAGAGAAAUGA